GCUUUUUGGCGCCGCAGCACGGGAGCGUGAACCUUGCGACGUGGGAGCUCUGCUGGUGGCGAGCUCGGGUGCUGUCCCCGUGCAUUUGUCGCCCCAAGCGCUCCUCGUGCUCGUUGAUGAGCACAUAUUUUAUAUAUUAAUAUAAUAUAUCUGAUAUAUUAAAAAAAAAAAAAAGGCUCUGUUUGGGCCUUUCACCGUCCAGUGAAUGAGAUUUUACACAAUCCUGCAAGGAGCAGAAAUGCUUUAAUUAAAACCCAUGGGGGAAAAUGUCUUUUGAAGGUGCUGAGGGAUGCAAGAGAUCCCCCAGGAAGGAGCCCCCAGCUUCCUAGCACGCCGUGAAGCAGGGGAGGAGGAUGUUUAAUUGGCCGCAGCUGGAGGUCCAGGUGUAUUUUCUCUGCGUUUCCUCAUAGUUCAGAGGAGUGCUGCUCAGCCAGCUUCCCCUUCCCACGUGAGAAAGAGCUGGGGUGCUGCAGGCAGCUUUGACCGGCGCUGACAGGCUGUGUUGUGGCUUUUCUGUCCGAGAGCUUGUAAGGAAAUAAACAGAAAUAAUGAAGUUUAGGGAAGGGGUGAGCGAGGAGAGGAGUGACGCACCUCGGGCUUACGCCAGGCCUGCGAAACAGCCAGGACUGGGUGGUUGAUAUCCGCAGGCGUCUGUCCUGGCAGAGCAGUCCCUGCCUGGCGCCUGGAUGGGAUGGUGAUGAUGAGAAAGGUUCAUCAGUCAUGGCACGAAGGGCCUUGAAACUUGCCUCACUGGCAGCAGCCACUUCUGGCAUCUAUCUGUAUGGCAACAAGUUCCUGGAUCCCAAUGAUUUUGGAGUGGUUCGUGUGGGCCGAGCCAUUGCCACAACGGCAGUUAUCACCUAUGACUACCUCACCUCCCUUCGGAGCGUCCCAUAUGGAUCACAGGAGUAUGACUUCCUUAAAUCACAGGUGCACCUGCGUUCUGCUGAGCGCCUCCGGGAGCUGUGCUGCGCCAACCGAGGCACCUUCAUCAAGGUGGGACAGCACCUGGGAGCGCUUGACUACCUGCUGCCCGAGGAGUACACCCGCACCCUAAAGGUGCUGCACAGCCAGGCCCCGCAGAGCACCAGGCAGGAGAUCGAGCAAGUCAUCCGCGAGGAUCUGGGCAAAGAGAUAAAAGAGCUCUUCAUGAGUUUUGAGGACACACCCUUGGGAGCAGCAUCACUAGCCCAGGUGCACAAGGCAGUGCUGCAAGAUGGGAGAACGGUGGCAGUGAAAAUCCAACACCCAAAGGUCCAAGCUCAGAGCUCCAAGGAUAUUUUGCUCAUGGAGGUUCUCCUCUUGGUUGUGAAGCAGAUCUUUCCAGAUUUUGAGUUCAUGUGGCUGGUGGAAGAAGCAAAGAAGAAUCUACCUUUGGAGCUGGAUUUUCUCAAUGAAGGCAGAAAUGCUGAGAAGGUUGCUCAUAUGCUGAAGAACUUUGACUUCCUGAAGGUCCCCAGGAUCUACUGGGAGCUCUCAACAAGGCGUGUCCUUCUCAUGGAGUUCAUGGAAGGGGGGCAGGUGAACGACAGGGCGUACAUGGAGAGGAAUGGCAUUGAUGUCAAUGAGAUCUCUCGCAACCUGGGGAAACUCUACAGUGAAAUGAUCUUCGUGAAUGGCUUUGUCCACUGUGACCCGCAUCCAGGCAAUGUGCUGGUGAAGAAGUGCCCAGCCUCUGGCAAGGCCCACAUCAUCCUCCUGGACCAUGGGCUCUACCAGGUGCUGAGCGAGUCGUUCCGCAUGGACUACUGCCGCCUUUGGCAGGCCCUUAUCAAGGCCGAUAUGAAGAGGGUGCAGAAGUACAGCCGGCGGCUUGGGGCGGGGGAUUUGUACCCGCUCUUUGCCUGCAUGCUCACCGCCAGGUCCUGGGAGUCUGUCAACAGGGGCAUUGACCGGUCGCCAGUCUCAGCCAGCGAGGAUGUGGAGAUCCGGUCCAAUGCUGCUGCUUACCUACCCCAGAUCACCCAGCUCCUCAACAACGUCCCCCGCCAGAUGCUGCUGCUGCUGAAGACCAACGACCUGCUAAGGGGGAUUGAGUCAGCCCUGCACACACGGGCCAGUGCCAGCUCCUUCCUCAACAUGUCUCGCUGCUGCAUCAGAGCUGUUUCCACGUAUCAGAGGAGCAAGAGUCACUCACUUUACAGGAGGGUCCAGAUCUCACUCACAGAAGGACUGAGCCUGUGGCAGAUCAACUUGUAUGAACUCUUCCUGUGGCUGAAGGGGUCCCGGCUGGGGAACUGGGUCCUUUGUCUCCUGAGCUGGAUGCACCAUUCCACAUACUGACAAGAGCUGGUGGGAGAGGCCUGCCUGUUCCCUCUCUCACUUCUGCUCUCCACGGCACAUUUGCCUUUCUGACUGUUUCUGUCUAUCCUGUGGGCUAUUUUUGGGUCUUGUUCCUUGUUACAUGCUGCACUGUUCUUGCAUGUUACAGCAUUAGCUUUCUCUGUGGCAGCAAGAGGUGGAUUAGGUACCAGGGCUCUGCUGAUUUGUGGGUUAGGAAAGGGAGGUGUGGGAUACUGUGUGUCAAGAAGGGCAUGGUACUUUCUCUCCCCGUUUGAACAGGGGAAAUUCCACACAGAUUCCAGUGAAACUGCCUUGGAAGCAAAAGCCUUUCCUAGGCUCUUUCUUAAACAAUCCUAAAAAAUUUAAGAGAAUCACAGCCCUGCCUAGAAUACCCCAAAACAUUUGUCUGACCCUCAGAGAAAGCUGGUACAUCCCUUAAAAAAUCCGAUAGGGUUUAUGUUAGUUAUUGCAGAGUCUCCCUGCAAGUGCCUGUGUGUUUCUGGACUUUCCCAGUCCCAUUUCUUUGCAGUUGAAGUGGGGGAAGGGGACAGUGGUCCUGCUUCUUUUCUGGGAUUCAGGGAAGGCAGGAAGGAUGACGACUCAGGGCUCUGAAACUGCCGGUAAUGUAUGUGUACUGUACAGCGCUGCCACACAGCAAAAUAAAUGUGUUGCAUCAAA